AUGGCUCUUUGGACUGGCUUUCCGGCCGGCACCGGACUGAAGCUGAAGGAAGACGCAUAUCUGGUGCCCCGGAAGUCACUCAAAUGUAGAGCAAAGAGCCAUGACUUCGAAAGAAAACUCUCGUGCAGAUUCAUCAUUUCUGGAGAGAUCCUCGAGAAUAUCGAUCCACGAUCCAAGGGCCAAUCUAUUCUUUUAAAGAUGCCCUAUGAGAUUCUUCUCGUCAUAUACGACAGUCUCGCCCACGCCCCAUCCCAGGUUGCCUUGGCACUAUCCUGUAAACGCAUGGCUGUUGUGGCCCGAGACGUUCAGCUGUCCCUCUCACCCACCUCGCCAAAAUAUGCGGGGUUCCUCCCCCGGGCUGUCUUUGAUGUCCCGGAGCUUAUGACCCAGUUGAAGCCCUGGAUGCCGGCUGACUUGCGUUUAUGCAACCACUGCCUCACCAACAGACCUCGCCGCGAGGAAUAUUGGGACACCAUCGUGGGCUGCGAGAUCAGCAACUUCUGGAUCCAGAAGACCGGUUGGAACUUUCACAAUGCGAGCUGGCACAAGCAGGUUGUCGAGCCCUCGGACGCCUUGGCGACGUGGACUGGACCAGAGUAUCCGACUCCUGGAGAAGGAGGACAGAAGAAGAACUUCGAGCCGGUCGAUUUGCAACUGGCCCCGAAUGAGAUGGUCCCAAACCGUGAAUGCUAG